AUGCUGCUCUGGGCUAGGCUUGCCAUAGCUGGCAACCGCCUGUCAUAUGUUAUACAGCCAUGCGUCCACACUCAUGUACACCUGCAUUUAAAGCGCGUUCUCUCGCCAUUCCCCCUCUCCCUCUCACAUUUGCUCGCCCUCCUCUUGUCCUCCCAACCUCCCUCGCACCCCCCCCUCCCCCUCCACUCUCCCUCUCUUCUCUCCUGCCCCUUGAUGGCACUGGUGCUGCCUCACCCAUUGUGUGUCACAGGGGUGGGCAAGACGUCCCUGGUGCACCUCAUUCUCAACGGCCAUCCUACAGCACAGCCACCCCGUACAGUCGGCUGCAGUGUGGGCGUCAAGUACAUGGAGUACAGCCCCCAGGCAGAGCCAGAGCCAGGGGACUCCACAUCCCACCUGCGCACAGACCCAAGCAGCAGCAGCGUCAGCAGUGGGGUGGCAGCGGUGGGCAGUGGUGGUGGUGGGGGCGAGGAGGGGCGGCGGGGGUUCUUCGUGGAGGUGUGGGACGUGUCAGGCAGCGAGCAGUACAAGUCGUCGCGCUCACUCUUCUAUGAUCAGAUCAACGACAUCCGCUCCGCGCCGGGACAAGGACCCCGUGCUGCAACUACAGGGCCGGGUCAAGCUGCUGCGCACCCCAUUGUGCUCCUCAUGCUCCACCGUCUGCCCCUCCCAUUCCCCUCCUUCCACCCCUCUCCCCCUCUCCACCGCCUCCCCUCCCCCCCCGCUCUCCACCCCCUCCCAGGAGUCAUAUUCGUGCAUGACCUGUCCCGUAAGAAGUCCCGAGUAGCGGCACUGCAGUGGAUGGACGAGCUCGUGCGCAGCGGCACCUUCUCCGCGCCCUCCCACGGGCACCGCGAGGGGCAGCUCCCUGUGCCGCUCCUGGUGAUCGGCAACAAGGACGACCUGCGGGACAAGGACCCCGUGCUGCAGCUACAGGGGAGAGUGAAGCUGCUGCGCGCCGCCAGGAGCAGCAGGGCGCUGGAGUAUGCGGUGAGGCAUGCCAAGACCGUGGUGGAGCGGUAUGGGCUGCGGUCGUUUGGAAGGAGGAAGCGCGGCGAGCUGCCGGAGUAUAUUCGGAACCCCAGGGGCGCAGGGCUCAUUGCGUGUGCGAAGCAGGGCCGCUUGGACCUGGCAGCAGUGGACGCCUUUUUCCUGCAGGUGAGCCCGGACCCGGUAACAGGUGAGGUGAGCCCGGACCCGGUAACAGCGGUUGUGGCAGCAGCAGGUGUGGCAGCUAAAGGUGCGAAGCAGGGCCGCUUGGACCUGGCAGCAGUGGACGCCUUUUUCCUGCAGGUGAGGUGA